ACCACAACCCCUGAGCCUACAACUACAACCACAGAGCCUACAACUACAACCACAGAGCCCACAACCACCACAACCCCUGAGCCUACAACUAAAACCACUGAGCCUACAACUACAACCACAGAGCCCACAACAACAACAACCCCUGAGCCUACAACUACAACCACUGAGCCUACAACUACAACCACAGAGCCCACAACCCCUGAGCCUACAACUACAACCACAGAAGCCUAUAACCACCACAAGCCUACAACCACCACAACCCCUGAGCUUACAACUACAACCACAGAGCCUACAAUUACAACCACUGAGCCUACAACUACAACCCCUGAGCCUACAACCACCACAACCCCUGAGCCUAUAACUUCAACCACAGAGCCUACAACCACAACCCUUGACCCUACAACUAUAACCACAGAGCCUACAACCACAACCCCUGAACCUAAAACUACUACAACCCCUGAUCCUAUAACUAUAACCACAGAGCCUACAACUACAACCACAGAGACUACAACUACAGAGCCUACAACUACAACCACAGAGCCUACAACUACAACCACAGCGCUUACAACUACAACCACAGAGCCUACAACUACAACCACAGAGCCUACAACCACAACAACCCCUGAGCAUACAACUUCUACAACCCCUGAACCUACAACUCCUACAACUACAACCACAGAGCCUACAACCACAACCCCUGAGCCUAAAACCACCACAACCCCUGAACCUACAACUACAACCACAGAACCUUCAACCACAACCCCUGACCUUACAACUACAACCACAGAUCCUACAACCACCACAACCCCUGAACCUACAACUACAAUCCCUGAGCCUACAACUACAACCUCUGAGCCAACAACUACAUCCCCUGAGCCUACAACCACAACCCCUGAUCCUACAACUACAACCGCUGAGCCUGCAUCUACAACCCCUGAGCUUACAACUAUAACCACUGAGCCCACAACAACCUCAACCAUUGAGCCUACAACUACAACCACUGAGUUUACAACCCUAACCAAUGAUCCUUUCACAACUACAGCCACAAGCAGUGAAGUUAAAACGACCCCAACCACUGAACCUGCAACGACUAGACCUGCUUCCAGUACAACCACAACUACAAACACUUUCACAACGAUCAUAACUACCCCUAACCCUUCAGUCACGGCUGUUUCUACGGCCACCACGAGCAAUCUCUUUACGACAGCAUCUACGAAUGUCCCGACCCCGGCGCCGGUGGGCUCGUGCGGCGACCCCAUCUGCAUCCUGGGGCUGACGGCGUCGCAGUUCGUCGUGGUCGCGGUGGCUUGCCUCACCCUGCUCAUGGUCGUCGUCAUUCUCCUGAUGGUAGCCUUCAGGAGACGGCGCAGAAGGACGUUCGUCAAGGUCGUAUAUAGCGAGUCAUUCGCUGGAGGUGGGGGGAGGAGAUCACACCUGCCCCGGGUAUGGUCAAGGAGCCAGCCGGAGUCCAGAAACCCGCAAAGAGUACAGGGCGAGUGGAGGUCUCCUGGGCGUCAAGGACACGACAACAGGACUUUUAUAAGGAACGAGUCGCCCUAUGAGUCCAGGCAUUACCGCAGGAUCGAGAGAGCGAGUAACCCGGGCGGCAGGACGAGACGGGUUCCGCUACGCGCUCCAGGGACUAGCAUGAGCCACCCUGGAAGGCGGGACCGUACGUCGGCAGACGACUACGGGAGAAGGAUUCCAGACAAUGGAUUUAGGAUAUAUCAGUGAAUAGAAUUUAAGAAGAGCUUGUAUUUAUUUUAAAGAAUGAUCGAUGAAAGAAAUAUGCCGAAUUAAUUUUAUAUAGACAAUUCUUACUCAUGAUUUAUUGGUCACUUUCCCAUUUGUAAUAGGUUUUUAUAUAUCCCAUUAUGCUUAUUGUCGCCAAAGAUUUUAAUGUAAAAACCAGUUCGAAUUUACACAAAAAGUUCAUGAAAAAGGACAUAAUGAGAAAAUGGAUUCAAUUAAGUUUAUUUUUUAGCAUAUACUCCAUUACGGCCAAUACACUUCUUCAAACGCUGAUGCCAGCCUUUACGUCCGUCUGAGUAAAACUAAGGGUCAUCUGAGCCAUGUCAAAGCAGCUCUUUUUAUAUCUUCAACGGAUGGAAAAUUGGUACCUUUCAAUUAUUUUUUAAAGUUUGGGUUUGAGGUUCAUUGUCGUGGUGGAAGAGAACGCGUUGAUGCAGCUUUCCAUGGUUUUCUCAAACCGAGUUCCUAAUGAGCAAAUGUAAUUGUUUUCUUGCUCUCGUGGAACUCAACCAUCAAAGUCCCCUCUGCAUCCCAGAAGGUAGUGACCAUGACCUGUAUGUACUGGUAGACCCAUGUUUCAUCCCGUCAUAGUUCUCAUCCCACUUGUUCAAAAUUUCCACUGAAAUAUCUACCCCUGUUUGUUGCUGAUCUGGGCGCAACAGUCUAGGGACCCAUCGAGUGGAAAGUUUGCUUAGUCCCAAACUCUCCACCAGAAUUGUGUGAGCAGAACCCACAGAGAUAUUGCGUCUGCUACUGAUUCAGUGGUUAUUUGUCUAUCCUUUUCAGUCAUGUUGCGAACAGUAUCAAUGUUUUCCUCACAAACUGACGUUGAUGGUCUGACACUGUGGGGCUCAUUUUCACUUUCGUUUCUUCCACUUCUGAACCGACUUAUCCAUUUAUAGGUUGUUGAUUUCUUUGUGGCACUGUUACAAUAAACUUGUCCCAGAGCGUCAAUGAUUUGCCUAUUCUCCCAAACGAGUCUUACCAUGAAUUUAAUGUUUGUCCUGGCCUCGAUUUUGGUGGAUUCCAUGUUGCUUGAAUGAUGCUUGACUUCCACCUGGCGGCGAUGCGUUAUUACCCGAAUUUAAGGGUUCAUUUUAAACACGUUAUAACACGUUGGUGCAAGAAUGUUCGUUGUAUUGGAAUCAAAAUCCUUCCAUAUGAUUUUUAGUUAUAGACUUUUUCCACGGACCUUUUGAAGCCCCUUCGUAAAUAUACCGAACCAAAAUUGAAUUUCAUCACCUAUUCAAAAUUGAAUGCCUUACGCCAGAUAACGUACAUUUAUACAUAGGUACAGUAUAUGUAUAUAUUAAGGAAGUCGGACAUUUACCCCACCGGACUUUUCCCAAGGCGGGCAUUUCCCUGCUUGAAGAUUUCCGCGGGCGGACUUUUCCCUGCGCGGUUGUCUGUGGGUGGACAUUUCCCUACCUUUAGUUUGCUGUUGAAGGUAAUGAAUCACAUUGAUCAUAUCUUAUGCUUUGUUAUUAUUUACGUCUUUCUCACUAAUCACAAGAGGAGGUGGACAAGGUAUUUUUUAAGUGGUUCAUUAAUUCUUUGUAAAUAGUUUAACAUAAGAUAAUAUCAUGUAACUUUAACAUUAGUACGAAGGUAGUGACCAUGACCUGUAUGUACUGGUCUUGCAGGAAGAGGCAAAUGUGUUAUAUAAAUGAGAAAUAUCUAGUAACAUCUUUCCCCAAGGAAAUGGCCGUCCAACUCACACAAUAUGUGUUGUAAUAUCCACGGGGAUCUUUUAUUAUUCGUUCGGUAUAUUUUACUAUCCCCUUCUUAAGCUUUUAUUGAAGGCUAUUAUUUAUCCUUUUAUUCCAGCACCUCUUGUACUUUAACAAUAUUUUAAUUACAUCCUUUAUUUCCCGUAUACCUUUAGAGUUCAAUUAUUUAUCUAGUUGACACAUGGUAACGAGCGUUACUCAAGCACUGAUGUUAGCUCGCCUAAGGUAUGUAAAAGUAUGUAUUUGGUGCUGAUACCAAUCACUUCUGAAAUUACAAGAAUAUAUUAUUUUUUCACA